AUGUUAAGAGAAAAGUUGUUAAAAUUAUUGAAUUACUACUACUUCCUUAAAAAUUAUUAUAUUUAUCAUAUCCUUUUUGUGUAUACAUUUUUUCUAAGAAUAACAUACACAUAUGCAGAAAUAACGAUAUCGCAUUUUUUUACAUUUUUACUAAGCAAAUAUGAAAAUAUAGACACAAGUGAAAAUGAUGGAAAUUUUUUUUAUUAUUUUACACACUUUUUUAAUUUUAAUAGUAAAAGUGAUGAUAAGUUUUUAAACACAAAAUUAUUUGUAGUAGUAUAUUUACCAAUAUGUUUGAAAUGUUUUUAUACACUUUUUUUUGAUUAUAUAUCAUAUUAUAUAUAUAUGUAUUAUUAUUUUGAUAAAAUAAAUAAUGAUUUUAAAAAAGUAUAUUAUUCUUCAUUAUCAUAUGAGCAUAGUAAAGCUAAUCAGAAUGAAUGUAUGUAUAGAGAUGAUGAUAAAAAUGGAAAAGGAAAUAUAAGAGAAAAUAAUAAACUAAAGAAAAAUUCAAUUGGUCCCAAAAAAAAAAUGAGAGCAUACAUAAUUAGUAAAAGAAAAAAGAUAUCACAAAAUGAUUUUCUCAAUAAGCUAAAUGAUAAACCAUUUGAAAGAUAUAAAAUAUAUUUAUUAAAAAAAAAAAUGAAUUAUAUUUUGAGUGAAAAAAGAAAAAGUGUAUUAACAAUUGGAAGACAUAAUACAAAUGAAAUAAUGAAACCAUUAAAUGGAAGUGAAUAUGAAAGAGAACAAAAAAAGUUUAUGGAAAUAAAAAUAGAAAAAUGUGAUGAUAAUCAUAUGAGUAAUAUGUUAGGUGAUAGUAGUAAUACCUUGGGUGUUGCUAAAAAAAAUGUCUUUUACAAUUUAAAAAAAAAAAAAAAUCAAAAAAUAUAUAAUAAUAGCAACCCUUUGCAAAAUUCUCGAUUUAAUAAAAAGCAUAAAAUAUCUAUCCUUGAAAAGAUAUAUAUGAAAAUGAAAAAUUAUUAUAGCCAUGAACAGAAUGGAGGGGAAUAUGUUAGUUUAACGAAUGAGGACGAUAAAGAUUAUAUAAAUAUACAUAAAAACCAUUCAAAUAAUAAAACUGAAUAUAAUGAUAAUACUUUUGCAGUGAAGUAUAAAAAUUAUAUAUAUAAAGAAAAUAUACAUAAUAAUAGGGGGAAAAAUAACUUGUUAAAUUUUCGAUUAGACAAAAAAAAAGAAACGUCAAAGAAUAAUGAUUAUUAUAUAAAAUUAGAGGAUACAAAAUUAGAGGAUGUAAAAAAAGACUGUGAUAUUAAAUAUAAUAUGAAUGGAGACUUAAAUGUGUCAAGCCCGUAUUAUUUGACUUUAAAUUCACAAUGUAGUAAUAAAAGUAAAAAUAAUUUUGAGGCAUAUAGGUUUGAAAAUAAUAAUAACAUAGUGAUAGAUCCUGUACAAAAUGAAGAUAUUACAAAUGGAAAUAACUACAAGAAAGACAAGUAUUAUAAUGACAAUUUUAUGAAUAAAGUAAAUAAUAAUGUAAAAUUAAAUUUUGAUGAAGAUGAAAAUGAUGAAAAAAUAAAUGAGAAAAGAAGGAAAUCGAAUAAAUCAUUAAAAGGAAGUUUAAAAGUUGAUUAUCUAUUUAAAGAUAGUAAUGAAUUAACAGAAAAUGAUAUAAAGGCUAUUGAACUUAAUAAUGAUUAUGAAUAUUACUAUUAUUAUAAUAAAUUUAAAAGUUUUCGUUAUGGGGCAGAAGACAAUAAUCCAAGUAUAAGAGAAAUAAUAAAUAAUAAAAUAAAUGAAGAUUAUUAUCAUUUAAAAUUGAAUAUAUUAAUAUUAUCAUGUAUAAUAAUCCAAAUUUUUAAUUCAUUUAUUUUAAUAUUAAUUUCAAGUAAUUUUAUUAGAAAAAAGGAAUAUAUAUAUUUUUUAUGUUUUUUAUAUUCACUAUUAGAAAGUGUAACAGAUGUUAUAUCUGAUAAUAUAUUUUUUUUAUGUGGUAAAUUUACAAAUAUAUAUAGAACCGAGUUUAGUUUAAAUACUAUAUAUGUUAUACAAGUUAUAAGUAAAAUGAUAUUAAGUAUAUCUACUAUAUUUAUUUAUUUUGUUUAUCAUAUAUUUUUUAUUUUAUAUGAGCAUGUAAAUAUUAUGAUUAUAAAUACAUUUAUUAAAGCAUUAUCCAUUUUUAUUUUAUCUUUUAUAUUUCUUAAAAAUAAGGACAAAAUAUUAAAGCACAGUCAGAAUGAAUAUAUACUAAAUGCGAGAUUUGAUGAAAAAAAAAAUGAUCUAAAUAAUAAUAAAGUAAAAUCAGUGAAUUCAUUCAGUAAUAAAUCAAAUGUGUCUAAUAAUAAUACUUUUGAAAAUGGUAUAUUAAAAGAGGAAAAACAAAACAACUAUACAAUAGUGCGCAAAAAUAGUGAAGAAAAUUUAUUGACAAAGGAAACCGAAACAACAAAAAAAAAUGUGUACAUUUUUGAUCAAGCAUAUAAAAAUAACUGGGAAAGUUAUUACAAUAAUGGAACUCAAAAUUAUACUGCUCCAAAUUUUAGAAACAAUACUUUCGAAGAUGGUGAAUUAAAUAUAGAUGAUUUAUUAACACACACAACAUAUAAUGAAAAUGAUGAAGAGUAUGUGUAUAUAUUUCCAACUUUUUAUAAAUUAAAAAAAUGGGUAGUAAAUAAUGUUAAUUAUUUCAAAUGCGAAUGCUGUAGAUUAAAAGAUAUUGUUACAGGAGGAGAAAAUGCAUAUGAUUUAAAUUCAAAAGAUGAUUAUACACUACUUACAAUAAUGCCUUCGAAAUAUGAAGAAGAAAUAUAUCAUAAAAAAUAUAAUAUGGAUUAUAAAAAAAAUAAUAAUAAAAGAACAUCAAUUGUUGAAAAUAUAAAGAAUGCAUUUAAAAAUAAUGCUUUUAAAUGUUAUCCAAGUUUUAAAAAUUCAUUUAUUGAGAAAUAUAAUUCUUUAAUUGAAAAGGAUAUGAAAAUUAUUGAACAAGAAAAAAAAAAUAUUAAAAAUAGAAAUGGUGAUAAUAUGUUAAACAAACUAUAUAGUGAUGAUACUGUAGUAUCAGAAAAUGAUAAUAAUUAUUUAUAUACCAAACAAGAUAAAAUUCAAAUUAAACAACAUAAAAAAAAAAAAAGAAUUUUUACUUAUCCUAUUAAAUUAUUACUAAACAAUUUAAAUUUUUCCAAUAUAUUUUACAUUUGUCUAUUAUUAAUAAUUCCUACUUUUGAAAGAAUAUUUUUAAAUUAUAAAAUUAAAAAUAUUCAUUUGGAUAUGCAUUCAUACUGUUAUUUAAAUUUUGCGGGUUAUGUAACAGAUUUAGUUGGCUUAUAUAUUUAUAUUAGUUAUUUUAAUGAAGAUUCUUAUACCUCAUCCAUUUUUAUUAGUUCCAUCAUUAAUAUAUUGCUAUUGUCCUUGCGUUUUAUUUUAUUUCAAAAUAAAUUUAAUCAGCUCUGGCUAUUGUUUUUGGAAAUAAUAUUGAAAUCACUUCAUAAAACAUUUUUUUAUAUUCCGAUUUAUAUACUGGUCACUAAGGCCUACAUAAAGAGCAUAUAUAAUUUAAUGUGCUCCUUUUAUUCGAGUAUGUUGGACGCUAGUUCCUUCGUAUCCUACUAUUUUGAAUACCUGAUACUAAGUUACUAUAACAUAGAAGAAUCGAAGGAUGUAUUUACAUUAGUAUAUAUAAUUUUUUUGGUAUUACAUUUGCUAUCAAUGGUGAUUAUUUCAAAACUCAAAAAAACAUAA